GUGAGUGCAUGAGUGUGUGUGUGAGAGAGAUCGAGCCUUGUUUACAGCGUCAAUUCAACGGAGAGAGACUACGUACAGGAUCUACUCUACAUCUUUCACAUCUCCUAAACGAACACGGAUCCGAUCCUUCACACAUCAUCCUUGUCCUCCAUCGCCCGCGUCUUGAAGGGAAAAAUCAAGGUCUGAAAUCUCAGACUGAAGAUGGUGGGAGGCAGAGAGAGACCAUUUUAAAGCCUGGACGGAUAUUAUUUGGCAUCUUUCGGAGUUUCUCCACCGAUUUUAGGCCUUUGGAAACGCUGGAUGAGAAGUGCUAGGUAUCUCGCAGCUGAUGAAGAUCACACACACAUACGCACACUCGUCCAGACUGUUUUAGCCAGCGGAUCUAAGCGGGGUUACAGCUAAAAGCAGCCUGCGAGGAGACCUACAACGUGUUUUUCCACAUUUUCCCACGACAUGGAGCAUGGAAGUGCGGAUUAUCAAGCCGUUACGCGUUUUUCUGGGUUAUUUUCGCAUAUGUCGACGAGGAAAAGCUGUCCAGAAUAAUAUUAAACACAUUUAAGCAGAGCGAGAAUCAGUGCGGGUGAAUCCGCCUCAUGGUGAGGGCAGAGCGGGCUGGGUCUGCUGGAUAAUCUCGCUGGGGUGUCUGGAGGAUCAUUUAUCCCAGCAAAAACACUACAAAGAUGGAAGAAUUUGGUUUCGUUUGAUCAUUUACAGCUGUUCUGUAUCUAUUUUUUGUUUUCAACCCCUCCAUAAGGAGGGAUAAACCAACUUUCAUGAUAUUUUUGUACUGAGAGAAGACUUCAGGAGUCAAGCAUCAUCCACUUUGAAGGGUUGAGCCGUCUCCCCUCUUUUGCUGUAUUUUUAAUUACUUUAUUUUUUUAAAACAAGUGUUUGCCUUGUUUUUGUACAGGAAUGAGGUCUAGCAGACAGAGGCGAUACUGGACCUUGUUUUGUGGUCUGGUCCUGGUCCUUUCUACACUCUGUCAUGGAGAAAUCUGUGGUCCAGGCAUUGACAUUGGCAAUGACAUCAGUAAUUUCAAGCGGCUGGAGAACUGUACGGUGGUUGAGGGAUACCUGCAGAUCCUCCUUAUUGGAGGCAAAAACAAUAACAACCAGGAGGUCUUCCGCACCCUCAGUUUCCCCAAAUUGACCAUGAUUACGGAUUACCUUCUCCUCUUCCGUGUGUCCGGGCUGGACAGCCUCAGCACCCUCUUUCCAAACCUCGCUGUGAUCCGGGGCCGUAAUCUGUUCUACAACUACGCCCUGGUCAUAUUUGAGUUAACCAGCUUGAAGGACAUCGGCCUAUACAACCUGCGAAACAUCACGAGGGGUGCGAUACGAAUCGAGAAGAAUCCUGAGCUCUGCUACCUGGAUUCUGUAGACUGGUCUCUUAUUAUGGAUGCUGAAUUUAACAAUUACAUUGCUGGAAAUAAGCAGUCCAAGGAGUGUGGAGAUGUUUGCCCGGGAAUCAUGGAGGACAACCCUCAGUGUAUCAAGACGAACUUCAACGACAAUGACAAUUACAGAUGCUGGACCUCCAACCAUUGCCAGAAAGUUUGUCCUAAGUGGUGCGGACAGCGGGCAUGCACGGAUUCAGGCGAGUGCUGCCACCCCCAGUGCCUGGGCAGCUGCACGGUGCCUGACAACGACAGGGCCUGUGCCGCCUGCCAGCACUACUAUCACGAGGGCCGCUGCGUGGAGGAUUGUCCGACCGGCACGUACAAGUUUGAGGGCUGGCGCUGCAUCACCGAGGACUUCUGCUCCAAAGUCCACCUGCCCGAUUACGACCGUUUCGUGAUCCACGGAGGAGAGUGCAUGUCCGACUGCCCGCCCGGAUUCACACGUGAUGAGAGCAAGGGGAGCAUGUUCUGCAUUGCCUGUGACGGCCUGUGUGACAAGAUCUGUGAUGAAAAGGUCAUUGACUCGGUGGACGCGGCUCAGUCCCUCAAGGGCUGCACCGUUAUCAAAGGCAACCUGCAUAUCAACAUCCGCCGCGGCACUAACAUCGCCUCGGAGUUGGAGAACUUCCUGGGACUCAUCAAGACAGUGACGGGAUACAUUAAGAUACGCUCAUCACACGCCUUGAGCUCUCUCUCCUUCCUCAAGAGCCUGAGAUACAUCCAUGGAGAGGAACUAUGGGAAGACAUGUAUGCGUUUACUGCCCUGGAUAACCAGCAUCUUCAGCUUUUGUGGGACUGGUCCCAGCACAAUCUCACCAUAAGUGCUGGAAAACUGUAUUUCCGCUUGAAUCCCAAACUCUGCAUGUCCGAGAUCCGCAAAAUGUGGGAGAAAACGGGAAUUAAGGAGAAGUUUCUGGAAGGAGAUUUCCGCAACAAUGGAGACCGUGCAAGCUGUGGGAGCAAAAUCCUUAAGUUCAUAUCGAACACCACGAGUAGUAAUAGAAUCAAGCUGACGUGGGAUCGUUUUCGACCACCCAACUCCAGAGACCUUGUCAGUUUUAUUGUAUACUACAAAGAAGCGCCUUUCCAGAACCUCACAGAGUUUGACGGUCAGGACGGUUGUGGAUCGGACAGCUGGAACAUGGUAGACGUGGACUUAUCGGAGGACCAAACCCAGAACCCGGGCGUUACGCUGUCCAUGCUGAAGCCCUGGACUCAGUACGCUAUCUUUGUUAAAGCUGUAACGCUAGUAGUGGAGGACAGGGACAGGGACAAGGACAGACAGCGUCUUGGGGCGAAGAGUGAAGUGGUGUACAUUCGGACUAAACCGUCAGCACCGUCAAUGCCUGUAGACAUUCGUGCGUACUCUAAUUCUUCAUCAAAGCUGGUGGUGCGGUGGUCUCCACCUGUGUCCCCCAAUGGAAACAACACCUACUACCUGGUCCGCUGGAAGCAGCAGGGCGAGGACCGUGAGCUUUACCAGCACAACUACUGCUCCAAAGAACUAAAGAUCCCAGUCAGGAUUUCAGCUACGGGUUUGACAGAAAUCGAGGACACCAAACUCACCAAUCCUGAAACAGGGGGGCGGGACAAAGUCCCCUGUUGUCCAUGCCCUAAAACAGAUGAGGAUAUGAAGCGAAUCGAGGAGGACAUCUACUACCGCAAAGCCUUUGAGAAUUUCCUCCAUAAUGCCAUAUUCACCCCCAGGCCUCCCGACAGGCGACGGCGGGAUCUGUUUGGCGUGGCCAAUACUUCCAUCCACACUCUGCUGAUGGGAAACUGGAACCUGACGGAGGGAAACUUCUCUGAUGAUGAGCCGCCUAGACAGGAAUUUUCCUUUAUAGAGAGGAAGGUGAAGGAGCGUAGCGCUGACAUCAGUGGUCUGCAACCUUUCACCGUUUACCGCAUCGACGUGCACGCCUGCAACAAAGAGGUUCGGCACUGCAGCGCGGCCGCGUUCAUCUUUUCCCGCACCAAAGCGGCAGAAAGAGCUGAUGACAUUCCUGGCGCUGUGACCUGGGAAGGUCUGGAGGAUGCGGUGUUCCUAAAGUGGCCUGAACCGCAAAAACCCAACGGCCUGAUCCUGCUGUAUGAGAUUCAGUAUCGACUUGGAACAGAGCCUGAGAAGCAUGAGUGUGUAUCCCGUCAACACUACAGAGAGCACAAAGGGGUGAAACUCUCCAACUUAGGACCUGGGAACUAUUCUGCCCGUGUGCGGGCUACGUCCCUCGCUGGAAACGGGUCAUGGACAGACCCGAUCGCGUUCUAUGUGAAUCAGAUUGAACAAUCACGGUACGAGCACUACCUGUACCUGAUGAUCAUCCCAAUUUUCCUGAUUUUUGCUAUCAUCGCUGGAGGGGCUUUAAUCUAUGUGAACAAGAGACGAAACAGCGACAGGCUUGGAAACGGAGUCCUUUACGCAUCCGUUAACCCGGAGUACAUCAGCGCAGCAGAAAUGUACGUGCCAGAUGAAUGGGAAGUGGAGCGAGAGAAAAUCACCAUGUGCCGAGAGCUUGGACAAGGAUCCUUUGGUAUGGUGUAUGAGGGCAUCGCCAAAGGUGUCGUCAAAGAUGAGCCGGAAACCAGGGUGGCCAUUAAAACAGUCAACGAAUCGGCUAGCUUGCAUGAACGCAUUGAGUUCCUCAAUGAAGCCUCUGUCAUGAAGGAGUUCAACUGUCACCAUGUGGUGCGUCUGCUGGGUGUAGUUUCGCAGGGUCAGCCCACUCUGGUGAUCAUGGAGCUGAUGACACGAGGAGAUCUGAAGAGCUACUUGCGCUCGCUUCGAUCGGCUGAGAACACCUCCAGCUUGCCUUUGCCGCCAUUGAAGAAGAUGAUUCAGAUGGCAGGAGAGAUCGCGGAUGGCAUGGCUUACCUCAACGCCAACAAAUUUGUUCACAGAGACUUGGCAGCAAGAAAUUGCAUGGUGGCAGAGGAUUUUACUGUCAAAAUUGGUGAUUUUGGCAUGACGCGGGACAUUUAUGAGACUGAUUACUACAGAAAAGGAGGCAAGGGACUGCUGCCUGUGCGCUGGAUGUCUCCAGAGUCUCUCAAAGAUGGAGUAUUCACCACCAUGUCUGAUGUCUGGUCCUUUGGGGUGGUGUUGUGGGAAAUAGCCACCCUGGCCGAGCAGCCCUAUCAGGGCAUGUCUAAUGAGCAGGUAUUGCGGUUUGUCAUGGAGGGAGGACUAUUAGACAAACCAGACAACUGCCCUGACAUGCUGUUUGAACUGAUGCGCAUGUGCUGGCAGUACAACCCCAAAAUGCGGCCGUCCUUCCUGGAGAUCAUCAGCAGCAUCAAGGACGACCUUGACGGGGGUUUUAAGGAGACGAGCUUCUUCUACAGCGAAGAAAACAAACCUCCGGACACGGAAGAGCUGGACAUGGAGAACGUGGAAGCCAUGGAGAACGUUCCUCUGGAGCCGUCCUCCAGCCUGCAGCCCCUCGCGCCCUCUCUGGCCUCCCCUCAACAGUGCGCCCCUGCGUCCCAGGGCUCCGGCACCCCGGCCGGCCCGUCCUCACCGCCUUCCUCCCCCAGCUCCACGGACAAGCACCCGCUCCCCACGUCCGCGGCAAACGGGCCCUCGAUGGUUCUCCGUAGCCCGUUUGACGAGACCCAGCCUUACGCUCACAUGAACGGGGGGCGUAAGAACGAGCGUGCCUUGCCUUUGCCCCAGUCGUCGGCUUGCUGAUCGACGGCCCGAUCCCGUUUCCGGACACGUCUCUGUCUGUCAAGCCACUGUGUGGUCUCCUGAGAAGAAAUAUUAAGAUUAAAGAGACAAGGAAAGACAAAAUUGUACAAACUGAGAGUCCAGGCAAUCAAUCUUUUCAAUCAUACCUCAACGGACAAAGUUUGGAUUUCUUUGUUUUUUGUGUAUUUCGAUUGAAUCGUUGAAUUGAUUGACAUGAACUCAUUUGUUAUUUCCGCAGACUGGAUCACUGACUGAAAAACCAUGACCUUCACUCUCGCACUCGAUAGGCUGACUGUUUUUGUUACGUUUUGUUACUUUUCUAAACUUCCAAAACUGGUUUGAAGGCCUAUCAGAGCCAGUAGUGGUACGGUGGCAUUAUUACGACACGCUCUGCAUAUCUCUAAGCGAAUCCAACAGCAAAACACUUGCUCUUGUCUUUGUUUCCAAAGACGUGCGUCUAAAUUAGAGAAAGGUGUGAGUUUUUUCUUCCGCCCAUCUUAGAAUUUCGUUCCCCCGAUCCGAUUCAGAUCUGGGUACAGAAAUCUUCAGCUUCCGCUUUCUCCAAAUCAUCUGGCUGUGCAACGUAGUGGAGAAGAAAUUCUCUAAUCUGCCAAAUGUCUUUCUUUUCUUCUUUUAUGUUGCCAAAUUGUAUACUGUCGUUUGUAUCCCCACGCAUUCAUGUUCCCCAAAAUACACACAAACAACCGUUUUUUUUUUUUUUUUACCCUUUUUGCCUGAAGGAAUAGUUCACCCAAAAGUGAAAAUCUUCUCAGCCUCAGGCUGUCUAAGAUGUUGGUGACUUUGUUUCAUCAUCAGAAUGGAUUUAGAGAAAUUUAGCAUCACAUUAUUUGCUCACCAGUGGAUUCUCUGCAGUGAAUGGGUGCCGUCAGAAUGAGAGUGAUUAAAAACACAAGUAAUCCACAUGACUCCAGUCCAUCAAUUAAUGUCUCAUGAAGUGCAAAGUUGUGUAUUUAUCAUAAAUCUAUCAUUAAAACAUUUUUAACUUCUAUAAUUCUGACGGCACCCAUUCACUGCAAAGGAUUCAUUGGUGGGCAAAUGCUAAAUUUCUCGAAAUCUAUUCUCAUUUGCAUCUUAGAUGGCCUGAAGGUAAGUACAUUUUCAGCUAGUUUUUAUUUUUGCAUAAACUAUUCCUUUAAAAUCAGUCAGUAACAGAGUUUUUUCCAGAUAUCCCAGAUCUUUUGCUCAAAGGAAUAGUUUAUCCAAAAAUGAAAAUUUCCUGAAAACCUCACCCUUAGGCGUUUCUUCCUCUGGAUGCUCUGCAGUGAAUGGGUGCCGUCAUAAUGAAAGUCCAAACAGCUGAUUAAAAAACAUAAUCACAAUAAUCCACAAUUAAUUUACACAGCUCCAGUCAUUUAAUGUUUUAUGAAGUGAAAAGUUGUAUAUUUGUAAUAAACAAAUCUAUAAUUUAGACGUUUUUAACUUCAAACCAAGAUUUUGGACUCUCAUUCUUACGGCACCCAUUCACUGCAGAGGAUCUAUUGGCGAGCAAGUGUAAUGCUAAAUUUCUCCAAAUCUGUUCUGAUGAUCAAACAAACUUGUUUACAUCUUAGAUGGCCUGAGGUUGAGUACAUUUUCAACAAUUUUUUUGUGUGUGUGUGUGAACUGUUCCUUUAAAAUCUCAGUCAGUAAGAGAGUUUUCCCAGAUAUCCCAAUCUUAAAGGAAUAGUUUACCCAAAAAUAAAAAUUUUAAGUGUAAUUUUAGGUGUUUCUUCAUCAGAACAGCUUUAGAGAAAUUUAGCAUUGCAACACUUGCUCACCAGUGGAGCCUCUGCAGUGAAUGGGUGCCGUCAGAAUGAGAGUCCAAACAGCUGAUUAAAAACACAAGUAAUCCACAUGACUCCAGUCAAUCAAUGUCUCAUGAAAAGUUGCAUAUUUGUCAUAAACGAUACAAUGUUUUUAUCUUCAAACCAAGAGUUUGGACUCUCAUUCUAACGGCACCCAUUCAUUGCAAUCUAUUGGUGAGUGAGUGAUGUAACACUAAAUUUCUUCAAAUCUGCUCUGAUGAAGAAACAAACUCAUUUACAUCUUGGAUGGCCUGAGGGUGACCACAAUUUCAGCUAAUUUUAAUUUUUCCGUAAACUGUUCCUUUAAAAUCACAGUUGGUAAGAGAGAGUUUUCCUAGAUUCCCACUUUUCUCUCCUCCUUUCGCUUUAGGGUUAGACGCAUUUCAGAUGGAAUAAUGCGACAUGCAGCAAACAUUACAUUGCAAAAAAAAAACUUUAAAAGGGAUUCAAAGAAAAAAAUAGAAGCUCAAACGGUUUAAAAUUGUGGCAUUGUGAAGUUGAAAAAAUGUUCACAGCAAUUCUCCCGCUUGGUUGUUCAGCCGUACUUCGGACCACAGAGCGCGUGCAUCGUUUGUCGGUCACUUUUGUACCUUUUUUUACAGUUCAGAUUGAUCAUCUAAAUGUCUGUGCUAAAAAAGCUGCUAUUUUAUUAUUGUUUUUCUUUCGUGGUUGUAAUAUAUAUACAUAUAUAUAAAUGUAAAGAGAUUCUUAAGGUGUAAUCCUUUGCCUUUCCACUACAGUCCAUUUUAUGAUACUUACAGUUCUGCAAAAUUAGAAAAAACAGUAGAAGGUUCAUUUUUGCAAUGAAAAGUUUUGUUUUGACAGAUCCUCUCUCUCCAAAAGCAAAACUGGCAAUUGAACAAACUGUCUUUUCUGUCUCACGUCAUUAACGGCGGCACCUGACGACGCGAUUCUGUAACAGCUCGACACUGUGUCUCUCAUCACAUUAAACGCGCAACAGUACUCUCAGGUCACAAUCCUAAAAGUUUCCACUAUUCAUUCCUCUUUAAUCAACAAAAUACGACUUAAAAUUUGGCAAUUGAUUUCACUGCUUAAAGAUAGACUCGUCUCAUUCUGAUUGUUCAGCCUUAUUUGUGUCUGAUCCUGCCGCCCUUUGAAGGCCCUGAUCUUAUAAACUCUGCAUUUCCUUCCUUCCAAGCAGAGCCUGGUAAACGAUUACACAGAUAUGAUUCAGCAUAUCUCUAUGCAGAAGUUGUGUUUGUAACAUAGAUCACAUAUAUCGAUUUAAAGAUACAGGUUUGACUACGAGCGCCAGUCUUUGGGACUUUUUUUUUGUUUCGAAGGAUUUUUCAAAGGAAAAACUGACACUUUUGUUUUCCCCCCACCCUGGCCUUUUUAUUUUCAUUAUUUAUUUCUUUUUCUUUUUUUUUUUGUGAUGCAUUUAUGAUCACUGUAAAACCCCCUCCCCCGAUUACAUUUUAGAUAUUUUUAUAUGCUUUUUUUCAUGACAUGGGGACUUUUUUUUUUUUCCUUCAGACAUUUAUCUACCUCACUCUUUUUUUAUGUACCUAUAUAUAUAAAGUACAUCUGACCUUUUUCAUGAAAAGGACAAUAUUACUGCUCUCUGUAUCUGGGUAAAACCUCACAAACGCUACAAACCACAAUCUCGGUGGAGAAAUUACCGAGUUACGGACAUUUUGUAUGACUAGCUGCUUUCUUUCCUAUCGGAUCUUGCUUAAAUUUGUUUAUUAUUUAUUUGUGAGAUUAAACAAGAACAGGUCUGACAAUUGA